CGGAGAUGUCAGGAGGCCCCUCUUUCUCCCGGUGGCCUCGGUCUGCCCCAGAGCGGCCCGGACGGGGUUGCCCAAGACCCAAGGCGGGGGGCGGUACCGGGGUGCUGAAAGGGCGGGGGUGGGGGCAGAGGGGCUGCCCGGCCGGGGAGUCUGGAGCCUAGGGUGUCAGGAUCCCCCCUGCCACCAGCGACCUUGGACAAGUCUCUCCUCCUUUCUGGGUCUCAGUUUCCUUGCUGUCAGAUGGGAGAGACGUUGAGUCCCUCUCCCUUCUUUGACAGCCCAAACGCGGGCGGUUCUAGAAGGAGCCUGAGUUGAGUGGGAUCCAGACUGGCGUGGCAGGUACCUGCCUAUUCCUGGGCGUUAGGCAGUUGUUUUUUUUACCCAGUUUAGCCAUUCUUUUUCUCGGCGACGUUCUUAGAGCGAGUCAAGGCUCUGUGACUAGACUGCCCGGAUCUCGCCAGGACAGAAUGCUUUGACCUCCAAGCUGUUUUAAAUCUGGUAGAUAAGCCAGAUACUGUUCUGUAAGCCCUUGGCCCACACUGAAGUGGGAAUGCAGUUUUCUUGGAUGUCUGGAACUUUUUAGGCACCAGUCUCUGAAGUCCUGCUUGCUGGCCUAAGGACUAGACUACUGGGGUGGUUCACGAGCUGCUCAUCCGUGCAGGAUAACCACACAGCAAAAAUGUUUGCAAAACUGAAGAAGAAAAUUGCAGAAGAGACCGCUGUGGCUCAGAGGCCAGGGGGUGCUACUAGGAUACCACGGUCAGUGAGCAAGGAAUCGGUUGCCUCUAUGGGAGCUGACUCGGGAGAUGACUUUGCUUCUGAUGGAAGCAGCUCCAGAGAAGAUCUUUCAUCCCAGCUCUUGAGAAGGAAUGAACAGAUCCGGAAACUAGAAGCCAGACUUUCUGACUAUGCUGAACAGGUCCGAAACUUGCAGAAGAUAAAAGAGAAGCUUGAAAUUGCAUUAGAAAAACACCAGGAUUCUUCCAUGCGGAAAUUUCAAGAGCAGAAUGAGACAUUCCAAGCCAACAGAGCCAAAAUGGCAGAAGGACUGGCUUUGGCCUUAGCCAGAAAGGACCAGGAAUGGUCAGAAAAAAUGGAUCAGCUUGAAAAGGAGAAAAGGUUUCUGACAGCUCAGUUACAGGAAGUGAAGAACCAGAGUUUGAAUCUUUUCCAAAGGAGGGAUGAAAUGGAUGAAUUAGAGGGGUUCCAGCAACAGGAACUAAGUAAAGUAAAGCACAUGCUUUUAAAAAAAGAAGAAAGUCUGGGGAAAAUGGAGCAAGAGUUGGAGGCGCGAACCAGAGAACUUAGUCACACCCGGGAGGAGUUGAUGACCUCCAGUCAGAUGUCAUCAGACUUGAGCCAGAAGCUAGAAGAAUUGCAGAGACACUGCUCAGCGCUGGAAGAGCAGAGAGAUCAUGUGACAGCUUCAAACACAGGUGCCGAAAAUAAGAUCUCAGCCCUGGAGCAAAAGGAACAAGAGCUCCAAGCGUUCAUUCAGCAGCUUUCCAUGGAUUUGCAGAAGGCCACUGCUGAGACUCAAGAGAAGGAAAUCCUUAUCACCCAUUUGCAGGAGAAGGUCUCGUCCUUGGAGAAGAGACUAGAGCAGAACUUAUCAGGAGAAGAACACGUGCAAAAACUGCUGAAAGAGAAAACUGUUGCUGAGCAGAAUUUGGAGGAUACCAGACAGCAGCUCUUGGCAGCCAGAAGCAGCCAGGCCAAGGCCAUUGACGUCCUAGAGACUCAGGUGAAGGAACUCGAGCAGAGCUUGCUGGCGUCGGAGGAGAAGCUAAAGCACAGCAGGGAUGUUGCGGCGGCCCAGGAGGCUCGGAUUCAGGAGCUCGCCGCCGCAAACAGGGAGAGCGGCCUGACGCAGCAGCAGGCGCCGGCUUGGGAGCAGCAGGGCAUGGAGCGCGUCCGCACGCUGGAGGCCCAGCUCGCUGCCCUGGAGAGAGCGCGGGCGGCUGAGCAGACGGCCGCGGAGCAAGAGGUGAGACAUCUGGAGCAAGAAAACGCAGCCCUCAAAGAAAGUAAGAAUGAAUGUGAACGUUCUUUACAACACCACCAGCUUGAGCUGAAGAAGCUAAAGGAAGAAUGGAGCCAAAGAGAAAUCGUGAGUGUGGCCAUGGCUCAAGCCCUGGACGAAGUGCGGAAGCAGAGGGAGGAGCUCCAGCAGCAGGCUGCUGACCUCACAGCUGUCAUAGAGGAGAAGGAGCAGACUUUGCAGGAAAAAACUGAGGUGAUUCUCCAGAAAGAGCAGGAGAUUUUCCAGCUGAAGAAAGGUCACGACUCUGCCCUGUCGCAGAUGCACCAGCUGCAGAGUGAACUGGAGGCCCUGCAGAGCCUGAGGGCGGAGGAGGCCGAGGCUGCUGCAGCGGACGGCGUGCUGAGGCUGCCCAGCCCGGACCAGGGCUUGGUGCUGUCGGUGCCUGAGCCACACGUAACCUCGAGGGCCACGGGGGGCCCUGUGUACCAGCUUCCAGCAGCAGAGGGAAUCCCAAACGGCGAGGUGGGGGUCAUGGACCUAGAGCAGCUACAGAAGGAAAAACAGGACUUGGAGCAGCAACUUCUGGAGAAAAAUAAGACCAUAAAGCAGAUGCAGCAGAGGAUGCUGGAACUCAGAAAGACUCUCCAGAAGGAACUGAAAAUCAGGCCCGACAAUGAGCUCUUUGAAGUCCGGGACAAGCCUGGCCCUGAGAUGCCAAACAUGGCUCCUUCUGUCACGAACAACGCAGACCUGACUGAUGCCCGCGAGAUCAACUUUGAAUACCUGAAGCACGUGGUUCUGAAAUUCAUGUCCUGUCGGGAAUCUGAGGCUUUUCACCUUAUAAAAGCUGUGUCCGUGUUGCUGAACUUCUCACAAGAGGAAGAGAACAUGCUCAAAGAAACCCUGGAGUAUAAGAUGUCGUGGUUUGGGUCCAGGCCAGCCCCCAAGGGCAGCAUCCGGCCCUCCAUCUCCAACCCUCGGAUACCCUGGUCCUAGAUGGAGGUACCGACAGGCGGAGCGCCACGCGAUGACACUUUUUCUGUGAAAAGAACAGUGACACACCGGUCCGGGUGGGUUUUUAAUCACUGUAACUGCAGUAUUUUGUACAAGCGUCAAAACAUUGUUUACAAGACUUAAGGCCGCCUUCCCGGCAGACUGGC